AUGAAUAACUGCUAUCCAUGGCUGAAUUGUUCAGAUAUAAAUGAAAUUGGAGUGAAAGAACUUAUUGGAUUGGGAGCAGUUAAGGCAGUUUAUCAUGCAGUUUGGAGAAAUUUCAGUGUAGCUUAUUCAGUGCUAAACAAUGAAAACUACAGUGAUGACUUUCACAAUGGCCUCAAAAUGCUUAAAAUUUUCAGUCCAAAUCCUAACAUAGUACAGUUAGUCGGCUUCUGUGAGACACGAAACAUUAUUGUAACUGAAUAUCAUAGGCUUGGUAAUGCAGUAAAUAUAAGCCAGUUACUGAGUAAGAAGUACAAUAAUAGUUUCAUGGUCAGUUUGAGAUUUUGUCUGAAUUAUGCUUUGAUUCUGGAGUUACUCCACCAUGGUCCUGCAGGUACUAGAGUAAUGUGUGAUUCAAAUGAUCUAGUAAAAUUACUAAGUCAGUUGCUUGUAACUGAUGAAAUGCGGUUAAUAUUGAAUGAUUUAGAUGCUUUGCCAGAAGUACAUAAAGAACAAAAUAUUAGUGUAAAAUGUGGACAUAAAGCAUUGUACGGCACAUUUGUAGCCCCUGAACAAAGGUGGAAUUUCAAUAAACAAUUUAGUUAUGAGGAGAUGCCAGGAUAUGAUGAAAAAUCAGACAUUUGGAAAGCAGCAUCAGUGUGUGAUCAUUUUAUUGGACAGGGAAUAGGUACCGAUAUUGUACGAUACAAACUGUUUUUUAUUCAUAAAAGUUGUAAAAAUGUGAAUGCAAAAUAUAGGCCAACAGCUACACAGCUUGUUGCAGCUUAUAUAAAAACAAUGUAUGAGUUAAACCAAGAAUUGUAA